AUGUUACAUUGUUGUAGAUGCAAUAAAAGUAGAUCUCCAAAAGAUAGGAAUAAAAGUAAUAGUAAAUUAAAAGAUCAUUAAAUUGAAUAAAGAAUUUAAUAAUCUAAUCAUUAAUAAGCAUACAUUACAAAGAUUAAAGAGAAUGAAUAAAUGAUUCUAAAAAUGUACAAAGAAUUAUAAGAUGAAAAUAAUAGACUAAAAAGUCUUAUAAAUUCGUAUUGAUUAUUUUUAAUAUGAUGUAGAUUAGAAUAAGAGAAAUUAGAAUUACAAGAGAAAUUCAAUUAGUUAUAGAUUUAAAGCAUACAAUUUAUACCUUAAAGUCAUUCCAGAUCAAUAUUAGAGGAGACUAAUAUGCAUUUUAGUACAAAACAAUAAUCUUUUCAAUUUAAUGAUCCUAGUAUUAUAAAAUAUUAAUCGUUAAAAAAAUUAUACGAGGAAUUAAUUAAAGAUAAGGAUUGGGAUAUUUAAAAAAAGAAUUAAUAUUCAUCAUCAAUAUAGUUUCUGAAUAAUAUUCUUUAAUAAAAAUAAGAAGACUUAGAAUUAGCAUAAAGUUAAAUCAUUAAAUAGAAUAAGAUUAUUGAAGAAUAUGAGUUAAAAUAUAAUUAAUUAUUAUGUAAUAAAUAUGAUUAAUAAAUAAGAGAAUUACUAAUAAUUAUAAUAGGAGUAUUAUUAAAGGAAGAGAUCAUUCUAAGAAUAUAAAACUAUAACAUUAUCAUAAGAUAAUCCAUAUAAUGGAGUAAUAUAAGAGGCAAUUAAAUUAAAUCCUUAGAAAAUUGUAAUAAAAACUAUAAAUUGA